AUGAGAAUACAACUUUUAGGCCUAAUUCAUCUAUCACAGGCACGUGCACGUUUAGAUCUAUCCAAUACGGUUACCAAUCUUCACGUACGCGACAUUAUCGCUCUGGUAAGCGAAAGCAUUGCCCAAACUAGCCUUAUUACGGAGCACGGGGGCAUGGCCCAGGGUCGUGGUCAAGCAAUGAUGGCAUCAAGUGCUGGCGGUAGUCGCAAUUCUCAGCUUCGAAAUUUCAUUCAUAUGCUGCACUUACGUUCGGAGGCUCAGUGUCGCAGAAUCUUUGACUAUGAUGAGCUAAAGGAAAUCGCUAAACGUGCUGGCAUCAUGACGGGCAUUAGCCAACUUGUCGAAAUCGCCAACAUGGGCGGUCACAUACUCAAAAAGGGGCCCGACAUGUAUGAAUUGGUCCCGGAAUAGAUCAAUUCAAACCAACACUAAACCACUAAAUCAAUUAAAUGUGCAUAAAACUAUUUAUGCAUUGUAUUAAAGUAUUAGUUUGUAAGACAUCUUACUUUAUCUAAGAAGUAAAGAUAAAUGAAAUAGUAAUGAGGCUAAGAAAUUGCCCAGCAAUUGUUUAUAAUUUUCAA